AUGCCAGACACGGCCACAUCAGGACAAGAGCCCGGUGAGGCUGCGGCUGCGGCUGCGGCUACGACUGGAGCCUGCACGCGACAACCGUAUAACCCCUUGGUUAACCUCACGAAUACGAGACCCGUGCUCGUCGAAGACCACCUCGAAUCCUCAAACCACAUCUUCCUAACCCGCCCCUACCUCGGCGCCCUGCUCUUCGAAAAUGCCGCCUCAGACGCGCGCGACCACUGCGCAAACGAGCGCACAUUCCUCUCCUGGCUUCGCCUCUCCAUGUACCUGGGCAUCGUGUCCAUCGCACUCAUAAUCUCCUUCCACUUCCAGUCGCGGCCGUCGGCGCUGGAGCGCCGCAUGGCGCUGCCCAUGGGGAUCAUCUUUUGGGUGCUGGCUCUGGUUUCGCUGGUGAAUGGGUUGGCGAAUUAUAUCAUUACGGUUAAGAAGUAUAGCCGGAAGGCGGCCCUGGUGCAGAGUGGGUGGAGGACGCAGGUGACGUUUGUGGUUGUGGGAGGGGUCAUUUUGGGGAGUUGUAUUGUUUUGCUUGUUACGGAUGCGCAUCGGUCCUGA